AUGGCUUCCAACGAUAUGCGGGGUUGGGUCAUGAGCGGCGUCUCAGGCGUCGCUUGUGUCCUUGGAUCGGCGGUCAUUUGCGUCGACUUGGUGAUGCGGCGGCUCACUCACCACAAGAGCUUCCAAAUUGCCAACAGCAAUAAUUUCCUGUCGGCCUCAUUAUGUCUCAGUGCUGGUGUCAUGCUAUUCACCUCUUUGUAUAGCAUGCUCCCCACCUCCAAAGACUACCUCACGCGCGCCGGCUUCUCCCCGUCUGCCUCGGCCUAUAUUUUGAUCGGUCUCUUCCUCGGAGGUGUGAUUAUCAUCCAAUUUCUCUCCGGUUUCAUUCAUCGCUUCAUCCCGUCGCAUGUGGUGGAUUGUGCGCAUAGUCACGGUGGCGCGGAAAUUGAUCCCGAGCGCGGCGAAACCCAUCCUGCCGGAGGCGACCACCAUGACCACCACACCCACCACCAUAAUGCGAAUGGAAACACCGAGCGGACGCCCCUCUUGCGACCCUCCAAUAGGGGUCACUCAUUCAAAUCCACUCCGGCAGUCUUACAGCGCACCCCGGUGGGCUCGCACUCUGUAAAGCGGGAAUCGCUACAGACAAUGCUCACCCGGCGAAUCACGGCGUUGGUGGGCGGUGUGAAGCCCCUUUGUGAUGAGAAUGGACCAUGCUACGGCUUUUCCCAGACUUGUGGGCGUGAAUGCACCAAGGUAUUUCCUCCGGAGUCAUGCCCGCCGCCCGCAGGUGCGAACGAAGUCACGCGUGCCUCGCUGGUGCCACAGCACCGAAGCAUCAGUGUACAGCUAGAGCCGGAAUGUGCCAAUGGGGCUGAAUCGACCUCCGAACAAUUUAUAACUACCUCUGAUACCGGGUAUUACGACGCGAUUGCUUCUCAGCACCCGCUCCAUCAUACCGCCAGCUCCUGCUCCUCGUCUCCGCCGCAAAAACCUCAGUCUGAACAUACCAUCCAUGUCGAUGUAGACGCUCAUCAUGACCAUCACCACUCCGAUACGCAUGAUCACGCUGACCCAGAUUUGGCCAAGAUUGCUGGUGACAGUACACACCAUCAUCACGUUCCGCAAAAUGCUUUCUUGUCCAUUGGUCUGCAGACCGUCGUCGCGAUUGCUCUGCACAAACUUCCCGAGGGUUUCAUCACAUACGCCACAAACCACGCCAGUCCGACCCUCGGUCUUACAGUAUUCUUGGCUCUGUUUAUUCACAAUAUCGUGGAGGGUUUUGCUAUGGCUCUACCACUAUACCUUGCCUUAAACUCUCGCUGGAAAGCCAUAUUUUGGUCCAGUCUGCUCGGCGGUAUUAGCCAGCCCGCCGGCGCCGGUCUCGCCGCCCUGUGGAUUUGGGGAGCAGGACGCAGCAGCCAUGACGCACAUGGCCCAUCUUGGGGUGUUUAUGGCGGAAUGUUUGCUGCUACCGCCGGCGUCAUGACAUCUGUCGCUCUAUCACUUUUCAGCGAGGGCUUAGGCUUGACACAUCACCGAAGCAUGGCUAUUGGAUUUGCUGUCGCUGGAAUGGGACUCAUGGGCGUCAGCUUUGCCUUGACAGCCUAA